AAUUAUGAUGAUUUCUUUGAGUCUUUGGAGAUGGAACGUGUUGAUUCCUUCCUUCGCGUUCCGGGAGCGAAAUCAGUCGACACAACCAAGAAGAAAAAGAAGCGGAAAGAAAAGGAGAAAGUGGAAGGUGGUGGAGCGUCCGGAAAUUCAUCUGAAGAAUCAGAAAAUGAAGAGGAUGAGGAGGAAACAGAGUCUGAAAAUGAUGAGGAAGCUUCUGUUGAUGAAAAAUCAAAGGAAGGAAAGGUAGAAGAGGAUAUCAUUGAAGCUAAACAUGAAAAUAAGGCUGAAUCAGCCCCGAAGGAGAAGGCGGAUGCUGAAUCUGAUGGAAAGAAGUCCGGAAAAGAAGUAUCUACCAAGUCUGUAGUGGCGGCUGAUGGCACAUCUGCCAAGCCCAAGGAUGAAUCACCGAUGGAGACUUCGUCAGAGGAGUCAUCUGAUGAGGAAGAAGAAACCAAAGAAAAAGAGGUGAAGAAGACC